GGUUACGUCACAUCGUCAGGACUCCAUUAGAGUUGCAGCUGUUUUGAGAGAAACAUCAACAAAACGGAUCGACUGACAGUACGCUCUACGCCCGACAACGAGGCCUCAGAUCUGGAAGCUUAACCUCCAUUUCCCACCCGGAGCUCCGCCGGCUUCUAACCACGGCCGCUCUCGGUGAGGAAACUCUGGCCUCCGCUUCCUCCUCCUCCGACUCGGACACCGGCGGAGCGUCGCCGCCCCCGCGGAAGAAGCACCGAGCCUCGGCGGCGGAGGGAGCAGGAGAGCCCGGGGCUUCAGCAGUUGUAACAGGCCUCUCUGGAGUUGUCCUAGGACUUGCUACACACUCUCAAACCACCUCAGCCAUCCACUUUAACCGAAGUGUUGUCAACAACCUUAGCAGCAGUAUGCAGUCAAACGGGGCAGGACAGGGACAAGAAUCGACAGAUCUCUCCUGCCUAAACAGUGCACAAAACGGGGAGUCAUCCUCGGCUGGUGGAACCCAUUCCAAUGGGCUUCUGUCCAACACAGACAACGGUAACGGCGUUGGUACCAGUAAUGGAUCUUCAGUAGGGCCCUGUUCGGGGACUUCGGCUGCCUCAUCGGCUUCGAGCACGGAGGUUGGCUCGCUUAAAAAGAAGAAACGACUAUCGCAGGCGGAGGAAGAUGUCAUACGAUUAAUAGGACAACAUCUCCAUGGACUGGGGCUGAAUCAGACAGUGGACUUGCUGAUGCAGGAAUCGGGCUGCAGACUGGAACACCCCUCAGCUACCAAGUUUCGGAACCAUGUCAUGGAGGGCGAGUGGGACAAGGCUGAGAAUGAUCUCAAUGAGCUGAGAGCACUGAUGCAUUCUCCAAACGCUAUUGUGCGUAUGAAGUUCCUGCUGUUGCAACAGAAAUACUUGGAGUAUCUGGAGGAUGGUAAAGUACUGGAGGCUUUGCAGGUGCUUCGGGGAGAGCUGACACCACUCAAGUACAACACAGAUCGCAUCCAUGUACUCAGCGGGUACUUAAUGUGUAGCCAUGCUGAGGAUCUUAGGGCCAAGGCAGAGUGGGAGGGCAAGGGCACAGCCUCACGCUGCCGGCUGCUGGAUAAAUUACAGACAUACCUGCCACCAUCUGUGAUGCUGCCCCCCCGGCGAUUACACACCUUGCUGCGGCAAGCCGCGGAGCUGCAGAGGGACCGCUGCCUUUAUCAUAACACCAAGCUGGAUAAUAACCUGGACUCUGUCUCCCUUCUCCUUGAUCACGUCUGCAGCAGGAAACAGUUCCCCUGCUAUACCCAGCAGAUCCUGACGGAGCAUUGUAAUGAGGUGUGGUUCUGCAAAUUCUCCAAUGAUGGCACCAAACUAGCCACUGGCUCCAAAGACACUACUGUCAUAGUCUGGCAAGUGGACCCCGAGGGCCACCAGCUGAAGCUGCUCCGAACCCUGGAGGGGCAUGCAUACGGAGUCUCCUACUUAGCCUGGAGUCCUGAUGACACUUACCUGAUUGCCUGUGGACCUGAUGACUGCUCUGAGCUCUGGCUCUGGAAUGUUCAGACGGGGGAGCUGCGGACCAAAAUGUCCCAGUCCCAUGAAGACAGUCUGACCAGUGUGGCCUGGAACCCUGAUGGCAAACGCUUUGUUACUGGAGGACAAAGGGGACAAUUUUAUCAGUGUGACCUGGAUGGAAACUUGUUAGACUCCUGGGAGGGCGUGAGAGUUCAGUGCCUGUGGUGCCUGAGCGAUGGCAGGACAGUGCUGGCCUCGGACACCCACCAGCGUAUCCGGGGGUACAACUUUGAGGACCUCACAGACAGAAACAUAGUUCAGGAGGACCACCCUAUAAUGUCUUUUACUGUUUCAAAGAACGGUAGAUUAGCUUUGUUAAAUGUAGCAACUCAGGGAGUGCACCUGUGGGAUCUUCAAGACCGAGUGCUGGUGAGGAAGUACCAAGGUGUGACCCAGGGCUUCUAUACCAUCCACUCCUGUUUCGGCGGACACAACGAAGACUUCAUUGCCAGUGGCAGUGAAGACCACAAAGUGUACAUCUGGCAUAGACGUGGUGAACUUCCUAUUGCUGAGCUCACGGGCCACACGCGUACCGUUAACUGUGUGAGCUGGAACCCGGCCAUCCCAGGCCUCAUGGCUUCUGCCUCAGAUGAUGGCACAGUUCGUAUCUGGGGUCCUGCACCUUUUCUCGACCCCCAAGAGGCGGACGGACCCAACGAAAACUGCAGUAACAUGGACAGUUGAUGGUGACCUACAGAGCAGAUGACUCCUUUCUCUGACAACAAAUACAACAAUCCUACAAUAAAACAUGACAAAAUUGAACACCACCAGAAAGAAAGUGAAGUAUAACAAGAAACAAUUGCCACCAACACAAAAGAGAAAAAAAAGUGAGAAGAAUUUGACUCCUGGCCUAGGCAAAUGGUGGAUGUGAUGGUGGACACCGUGGAAAUGCAAGUCCUCAUCCAAAAGUCUGAUCCCAGCCCAGAGGCCUGAAAAACCAGUCAGAGUCCAAUGGGAUUUUUCACUGGUGGGCUGCAGUGGCUAUUUCUCUUCCAACAGACCCUUGCUCAUCCCAUUUCGCUGCAUGGUCACCAGCGAUGCCAGGUCCUCGCAAGUUUCCUAGGAAACCCGCUUCCACCUUGAGCUUGGAGCACAUAAAGUCCCUGUGAUGACAGACAGCGCAGACCAGCCGUCUCAUUGGACUAAAUCUGUCUGCCUGUUCAUCUCUCACGCUAUCGGUCUAAUGUCUCCAUGGACAUGGGUGGGGUGUUGUUGGGGGAGGAUGAUGCUUAAGGGGGGGAUUUAGCAACUCUUCUGUUUGUAUGUUUAACUUCCCCCCUCUUUCUUGCUAUAUUCAUCAACGGCCCAUUUGGACAAAGGCUGAAAAUCCGCCAUGAAAACAUUGACCGACCAGCUGAAAAAGAACAGAAAAAAAAUGCUAAAUGUUUCAAUUUUUUAUGAUAGUUAUAGCGUUUAUUCUCAUUUAAGAGGUGAAUCUUAGCUCGAGUAGUGCCCAUGGAAAGCUUUAGCGUGAAGAUUCUGCUUUCUGUUUCUUGACAUUAGAAAAAAAAAAUAAUUCCUUAAUUUAACUUCUAACAAGGACAGUUGCUGUAAUAUUUCCUAGUGACAGCCCCUCUCUCCCCCUCCUCAGCAACCUCUGUCGAGCUAGCUGCCGCACAACUCCCAUUACAUCUGCCUAAGAGGAGGACAACGUGAUUCACUAGUUGCAUAUCAACCGUGAGGGGGUCACACAUUGUCAGUGAGGUGUGGUUUCCAUCAUCAAGACAUAUCCAUGACCUUUCUCAAAAAAGAUAUACUUUUAGAUGUGAAAGAGUGCAACUUAAACUGCACAGCGAUGACUGCUGUCCCUCCGCCGUGUGUGAGAGUGACUGAGAGCGAUUAUGCAUGCACGCAAUAGUGAAAGUUGCCAUUAUUGGGUGCAAAUUUAAUUGCCGCGUUUUUGUAAUGUGUUUUCAGUCCACACCAGCAGAAGAUUUCCCGCCUACCCCUUAUGCUACUGUUCCCAUAAUUAAAAUUGUAAAGAGGAUUUUAAACCAUUUCUGAGUUAUCCAAAGCCCCAUAGGGACCUCUAUCUGUGGAACAAAGAAUACUUGAGAGCCAUUUUGUAAAAGAAAAAAAUUGUUUUUUUUUGGUUUGUUUUUUAAUCCGGGGCUUUAAUUUUUACAUAAAACUGUUUUUUGUCCUUAACCAUGCGGCAUUUGAAACGGCUCUGAGUUGACAUCAGAUUUUUUGGGAAAAAGGAAAUUAUAUAUAAAAAUGCAAUCUAAGUGAGGCAUGUUUCAAAUGGGGAGGGGAGUAAAGUGUUGUUAUAAGCAAGGGGUCAUUUCAUUAAAGGAAGUUAAUAAUUGAACUUAUGAAAGAAGUUGUCAGUACGGCCCUGCAGAGAAUAAGCACCAAUAACUAGAACCAUGCUCUGAGCGCACAGUUAGGGAGUGUUGUUGCAAUCCUGAAAACACACACAAACUGCCUUCCUUCUCAUACAGUUGCACACAAACCCUCAGUAUGUACGACACCCUCACUGCACUGUGAGUGAUCUUUCUGCUCUCUUGCACAUACAACAGUGGCAUAAAUCCAUGAAUUACACAACGUAAUGGUUGCCACAUUUUGCCAUCGUUCUUGAUGACUUUAAAGGUCACAUUGGCAAAGAUUUAAAACUUUAAAGGAGAUUGCUAAAGGAAUUGAGCCCUUACUAUUUCUCUAUGCACCCAAAGGAAGUGACUUACCUUCUAGACAUUAUGAUGCUCAGCGUCGCAUUGAAGACAUAGCAGCCUCAUCUCGAGACUACCACUCUGAGCUUUGAGAGAAUAUAGCAUUAACUCCCCCUUUGCUUUCCAGCCAAGUUAUUCAGUGGUCUUUGCACCAUUUAAAGCUUUCUUCCUCCCUUUUUCAGGGUAUGUAAUGACAAUUUGCUACAGACUGAUAUACAGUAAAAUGUUUAAAAACAUUGCUUUUCUGUCUGUUUUUAUUGAACUUUUUUGUUACUUUAAAUUUUUUGUUCACAUUAUAUCAUUUUUGGUUGAUCUCUAUCCCUGUAUGAUCAUAUUAAAAUAUAACCAGA